AUGCCUAACCACACGGAUAGCGACUAUUAUAAACAGAUACGUAUUUACAAGGCGGGUGUCCUCAUCUGGAAGGUAGUGCCACCUGGACUCAUCUUGCUGGGCACCAUCGGGAACUUUCUCUCAAUACUGGUCCUCACUCGGCGCUCCAUCCGGGUCUCCACUACGGCGCUUUUUUUAACGGUUCUAGCGUGCUCGGACUUGUUGGUUCUGUAUUCGGGCCUUCUGCGACAGUGGUUGAUAUAUCUUCUUAAGACUGAUAUUCGACAUAUAAGUGAGGCGGGAUGUAAAAUUCACGUGUGGUUGGUGUAUAGUUCUUUGGAUUUUUCCGCCUGGAUUCUUAUCAUUCUGACAUUGGAACGAGUUAUUUGCUCUUGGCUACCACAUCGCGCUAAGACAGUGUGUACAAAAAAUACUGCAGUUGCAAUUCUGAUAGUAGUAGGUAUGUUCAUAUUAGUUAAAAAUUCGCAUUUUUUAUACGGUAUGGUGUUUAAAAUUACAAACGAAACAAACACAAAACCAAAUGAACAGAAGUGCAUUGCAAUCGAUCAAAACUACACGUAUUUUGAGGAAAAAGUCCAGCCGUGGAUUGACAUAUGCGUUUACUGCAUUGUCCCAUUUGCGAUUAUUCUAAUAGGAAACGUGUUAAUAUUGUUCAAAGUAGUACAGAGUCAGAAGAAAUCCAGACGACGGUUGCACCUUCGCAGUCAGCAACAAGGUAUUCGCCAUGUUCAAAAGUCGUCCAAAACAGCAAUUCUGUUUACGCUAAGCAUUGUUUUUCUCGUGACCACUUCUCCAGCAAGUAUAUAUCUCAUCGGUGAAACAUACUGGAGACAGGACGCAGAUGAUGCUAGUAAGGCGAAACUAGAUUUCUGGUGGGCAGUUGUCAGUAUGCUUAUGUACACCAAAAACUCCGUGAAUUUCUUACUGUACUGUCUCAAUGGAACCAAAUUCAGAAAGGAAUUGUUUCGGUUGAUAAACUGGAAAAAAAGGUUCCCGACUGAACAAUGUUAA